AUGGAGAAAGUGCAGUGCAGUCAAACUAAAGAGCUUUCAAAUACAAACAGCGAUUGGGGCGAAAUUAAAAUUAACCAAAACUCACUUUGCAAUACCGAAAAUCUCAAUUCUUCACCAAAAAAACGACGAAGGCGCGAUAGUUUUUUAGAAGCGAAAACUAAAAUUCAUGAAUUACUACGAAAGAAAAUGUGUUAUCGUAUUCAUCGUUACGAUGUACGUGCAGCUGAUGAAAAAGCAGUCAAAAUGGAGCAAAGGUUGACAAGGUUGAAUUAUGAUGCCAUCAUUCAUACAUCAGUUCAUCGUACUAUGUGUCGAUAG